AUGUCUUCUUCCCAAGAAUCAACCACAAUCCCACCUCCUGCUUAUACUUCAAGUAUCCCAGAUAACAUCCAGUCGGCUCUUCAAUGUCUCGAUGCUAAAUCAGAUAUGGCUCAAGUGGAGCGUGUAUUGUGUGAAGCCAUUGAUGAAGUAUCCAACGAGCUGCAUGAGAUUAGUAAAGAUCUAUAUGAACAUCCUGAAAUCUCCAUGCAAGAGCAUCAUGCACACGAGGUGUUGACCGACUACUUGGAGAAGAAAGGAUUUGCAGUGACGCGUAAAGCAUAUGAUAUGGAUACAGCAUUCACGGCCGAGUUUUCAAAAGGCGAGGGACGUCGUGUUGGUUUCUGCUCAGAAUACGAUGCCCUUCCCAACAUUGGUCAUGGUUGCGGUCAUAAUUGUAUUGCGAUUAGUGGCCUUGCGUGUGUGAUAGCCGUUAAAAAGUUGCUUGAACAAGGAUUGGCUACUGGCAAGGUGGUUCUUUUUGGUACUCCAGGCGAAGAGCGUUUUGUUGGCAAGAUCGUGAUGAUGAAGAAGAAAGCAUUUGAAGAUAACGUGGACGUUUGCCUUAUGAUCCAUCCAAGCGCCCACGACCUUAAUGUUGGGCCUAUGACCGCUGUUCAAGACGUUACGGUCGAGUUUCGGGGCAAACCUAGCCACGCUGGGCAAGCACCAUGGCAAGGAUUGAACGCAUUGGAUGCAAUGUUACAAGCGUGGACCAAUAUCAGCAUGCUUCGACAACAAAUCAAGCCUACCGACAGAAUCCAUGGCAUUAUUCAAGAAGGCGGUACAACACCAAAUGUCAUUGUCGAUUAUACCAAAGCUCUCUUCUAUGUUCGUGGAUACAGAGUAUCGGAUGUGAAGCGUUUGAUGGAAAAGGUAGAAAACUGUUUUAAGGCAGCUGGUAUUGCUACGGGAUGCGAGGUAACAUGGAAAUGGCGUGACCUCGGCAUGGUUCAUGAUGUGAUGCAAAACAGCGUCAUGGGCGAAAUGUAUGCAUCAUUCAUGCGAAAGGAAGGCGUCGUUUUUCCACAUCCAGCCGAACAAACCGCAAUGAUGGGUGGCUCUACAGAUUUCGGUAAUGUAAGCAGCAGCGUUCCAAGUUUGCAUCCACUCUACUCUAUGAAUUGCACAACAGCUGCCAACCAUACCACUGACUUUGCUGCUGCCGCUGGUACCAAGGAAGCCUUUGAUGCUACUAUUCGUGCCUCCAAGGCCCUUGUUGUGGUGGGUGCAGCCGUAUUGCUCAGCCAAACCUUUUACGAUGCCGUCAGGAAAGAAUUUGAAACCAAGGUCCCAAAAGAAUACCGAUAG